AUGGGCAUUCCACAUCUCAUCUCGACGCUCGACCCCUACGUGCAGCAUGUGGUGCUGAAAGAUGUAGAUGUGGUGGUGGAUGGACCUGGGCUUGCACAUCAUGUACUCCAUGUGUGUCGCGUCAAUGGCGUUGAUCACCCUUCCUAUCAAUUACUGGGCAGAACCGCUGUGGCUUGGCUCGAUAAAUUGGCUUCCCAGAAUGCAGUCAUUAAGAUGGUUUAUUUUGAUGGAUAUCUACCGAAGAUAAAACCCUACAAGGAUGGGAGACCUGAGACCAAGCCGCUUGAGGCACCGAGCUUCUUGGUCCCUGCAGUUAUCGAGGCAUUACGGCGGUCCAAGCAAUACAAGCCCAUCGUCCAGGUGGUGCCCGGUGAGGCAGAUGGCUACUGCGCCAGGACAGCCGUGGAAAUUGGAGGAGUCGUGAUCACGUCUGAUUCCGAUCUCCUGGUCCACGAUCUCGGCGCGGGGGGUGUUGCGCUGCUACGAAACAUAUACGAAGACGACGGCGGUGUUGUACGAGCUGCCGUGUAUCAACCCCGAGAAAUCUUUCACACUCUCGGCCUCUCCGGGAGCGCGAACAUUUGCCGUUUUGCCUACGAGCAACCCGUCAAGGAUGAGCAAGGCUAUAAAGAGUUUUGUAUUCAAUAUAGCGAAGAAGAGCGGGCAGCGAUUCCCACGUUCCACCUGGGAGAUCGCCUCGCGCUGGAUGGGCUUGACCCGCGCUGGUCGGAGCUGCUUCUACAAAUAUCACAAAGCACGCCAAGCAACGAGACAGUAGACACGUUUCGCAUGUUUCUUCCCGUGCUUAUCGACAGCUCAGAAAAAGGUACGGCGUGGGAGAAUAGCAGAUACAUCAGACAAUUGGCGUAUUCGCUCGCACGGAACAUGUUGCCCGGCAUCAGCGGCUCCGUACACGAGUACCGGAGAGUCCAGACCCGGGACCAAAGUGGCCGCCAGGUGACUCUGCUCUCCCAAUCUGCCAUCCACACUGAGGUCGCAGAUCUGGCAGAUACGCUUGAGCGGUUAGCUAUACUCCUACCCGGAAAGCGAGACGCUCUGCAUUGGCAUCUGGCCUACAUCAUCCUCGACAUUCGCGGAUCCGCGGCAGACGCAAGAGCUUCCUUUGUCGUGGACAUGCUGCAGCAAGCAAAGUGGCCAGGCGAGCACGCGGACACCAUUCCAUGGACCUUUGUCCAUUUCGUAGCUCAUCUACAAGCGAUAUACUACUCGCUACGAAUGCUCACACAGCUGAUACACGCAAGCAGGGCGGACGCGAAAGCACUGGCCGGCCCAUCCUUUGCAAAGCUUGCGCAGGCAUUGGACAGAUUGCCACUGCUGGAAGACUCGCCGGACGCGAGAGGCGUCAGCAAGCUGUUAAGAACUGUUCCGGCGGGCAAAAUCUCUGGCAUUUUGGCGCACUUUGUCGAGUUACCCAAGCCGCAGAAGGAGAACGAGAAAACUAGAAAGCGGACCAAGAAACAGAAAAAUAACGGUGCCGUUUCAAAGAAACCAGCGAAGUCCAUAGCAGCGAGUAACAUGUUUGGGCUAUUGCCGAUGGAUUAG